AUUUGUCAUUGUCAAAAUAAUUUUGUUGUACGUAGGUACAGUUAUCUUUUUUAAUAAAUUAUUUAUUAAUAUGAUUUAAGAAAACUUUAGUCUUUAUCUUACUUAAUUACAAUGGAUCAAAAUAAUCGAUCUAGAAGAACUGAUUUAGAUGUUGAUAGUUUCCGAAGUGAAGAACCAGAUUAUGAUAGGGCUCGUAUGCGAAGACAAUCCGGUGGUUUCGUCGACUUAGGAAAUGAAUCACAAUAUGGUACAGGCGGGCAUCAAGCAUCAGGUGCAAACGAAAUCUUUGCUGACGUACAGGGAGAUGUGCCUUGGUGGAAAUCCAAUUUUUUCAUAUCGCAACCAGUUCUUUUUGGAACUUGGGAUGGAGUGUUUACAUCGUGUCUUAUAAAUAUUUUCGGCGUUAUUGUCUUUUUACGGUCUGGUUGGAUGGUGGGACAAGCCGGUUUAGUAAAUGCAGUGUUAAUAGUAAUUUUUACAGUGUUUGUAGCAUUGAUCUCAGUGUUAUCAGCUGUGGGUAUAUGUGAAAGAUGCAGGAUAGAGAGUGGAGGAGUAUACUUUUUGCUCGCUCACACUCUUGGCUCCAGGCUAGGGGGAGCAUUAGGAAUGAUUUACUGUUUUGGUCAGGCUGUAGGAUGUGCCUUAAAUGUUUUUGGGUUUGGUGAAUCUAUGGCAGACCUUGUGGGAGCUAAUGACUAUUCCCCAUGGGCUGCUCGUGGGUUUUCUAUUGCUGCUGUUUUGCUGUUGGGCACCAUAAAUGUCGCAGGAGUAAAGUGGGUUAUUAAACUACAGUUUGCCCUCCUUUUAAUCAUUCUGGUUGCUGCUCUGGACUUUUUUGUUGGUUCAUUUACUGCUACACCAGAUGGGGAAUUCAAGGGUUGGCUUAGUGGAACAAUGGCUAACAAUACCUGGGCUGACUAUCAAGAGAACUACACAUGGUUUAAGUGCUUUGGUGUCUUCUUUCCAACAAUCACUGGCAUUCUGGCUGGCAUCAAUAUGAGUGGAGACUUGAAAAAUCCCUCUAUUAAUAUACCAAAUGGUUCCCUGGCAGCUAUAGGAACAGGGACAUUCUUGUAUUUGAUGUUUAUAAUAACAUUGGCAGCAACAGUCAGUAGAGAUGCUUUGUUGAAGAAUUUUUCGAUAACAGCUGACAUUUCUGCUGUAACUGUGUUGCUUCUCGCUGGAUUGUAUGUUAGCUCCAUGAGUUCAUGUCUCGGAGCUAUGUAUGGAACACCAAGAGUCUUACAGAGCAUUGCUAAUGAGAAGGUCAUUCCAGGACUGGAGGUGCUUGGCCAUGGUAGGGGUCCAAACAAAGUGCCCAUACAUUCAAUGAUAGUGGUUGCAGUAGUGACAGUAACGUUUAUCAUCAUCGGAGAUAUUAACAAGCUCGCACCAAUAGUCACCAUGCCUUUUCUGAUCACCUACGCUAGCAUUGACUAUUCCUAUUUUGCUCUCGCUCAGACCUUUGAUUUGCAACAUAAAAGGGAAAUGAGAUUCCAAGGACAAAGUCAAAGAGACACGCACGUGUAUGGGGCCACAGGCAGUGACUUAGACCUUUUGUUUCCGGAAAGAAUACGACAUAAAACUGUGGGCGAUUUUACCCCCUCUCCAACUGACUCAGCGAUAAUGAACGGAAAGAUGGCAAAUGGCGAUGCAAAGCGAGAGAAUGUCAAUGUUCACUCGAAGAAUAAAAAUUGGUAUUCACAUCUGUGCAAUAGAUGGCUGUCAUUAGCCGGCGUGGCAAUAAAAUUGCUGUUGAUGGUGCUAGUCAACUGGAUAUAUGCUCUUGGUUGUUUAUCGAUCCUGUGGCUCCUGUGGCUGUACAUCGGCGCCGCCAACCCCGCUGUGAAGCCCGGCCGAGCUUCAGAGUUUAGAUUCUUUCACUGGAUGAAAAUAUCUUUCCUUCAAGCGAUUGGAAAACGGCCCUUGGAAUAUGAACAAUUGGUUGUGACCCCCGUACACGCUGACAUCUCCGUGGAACAAGAGAGACUCAACGAUGACAACGAAGACUUCGCCUCGCGCAGACGGUACCAUCAGUCCACAGCUUUACAGAGUCAUCUCGUCAGCGUAUAGUGUGUUAAUUAUUUAUUUCAUUUUAACUAUAAAUAUACCUAAUUAUACACAUAAACUUAGCACUAAUGUGAUUCGAUAAUUUAUACAUUUUAUCUAUUAUGUUUAUUGAAUUAUCGCAUUUAAUGAUAAUGUUUUAAAUAAUGUAGUAAAUAGUAGAUAAACUUGAGCUUAUAUGCUAUGGACUGACGUUUUGGGUAUUUGUUUCGUCAUUUGCGAUUGUAGUGUAUUAUUGGUACUGAUAACUAUAUUUAUCAGUGAAAGGUAUUACUGCAUAUAGAAUGCGCUAUCUCGCAAUACUUCUAUAAUACUAGGUUGUAUCUCUGAUGUAUCAUUUGAGACUUGAUAAUCAGAGGUCAGCUGAAAUCUGAAAGGUCCAAGAUUAAGUCUGUCUGUCCACUAGAUCGAGAUGGCGAGGUAAAAAAAUAUGGUUUCUCAUUUCGUAAACUACUGAAUAUAAAACUUCAAACCAUAUCACAAAGCUAUUCAUUCCUACAGGUCGUUUGGUAGUAUUCAUUAUUUUAAAUAACUCCAUGGCGUUGGUUACAAAAUUCAGGCGUCCUUAAAAGAGACAAAACCUAGAAGGCCACGCCGAGACUAAAUCUAAGAGGCCACGUCGAGAAUAUUGUAUGCCACUGCACGAAAUUAACCUUUGUAGAACUCAUGUUGUAUAUUGUGCAAAAAAUCACUCAUGCUGCUAGUCCUAAUUUCAUGACAGUGGCAUAAACAUUUAUGCUUGGACAAUGCAGGAUCUUGAAAUUGCUACCUUUCAAAGCCACAGUCCAAACUCCAUUAUUAGUUACCAGCGACGAAGAGUUCAUACAAGCCGAUUCCCGUCGCGUUACCUUUGAAAAUCCACGCAUAUCCAUUGUUGUACUGUAUCUAGACAUAUGAAAAACCUGUGUUUGUAUCACGUUAUAUGAAUUUCGAUUUCUUUGGGACUGCUUACCUUCAUCUACAUUCCAUCCUUCGCCACUGGGUUACCAUAUAGAGGCAAACUUUCAGCAUUCUUAGAAUGAGGUAUGUUUAACUAUCGCAGCGCAGGUUCUCAUUCUGCCGCUUCUAAGGACAGAAUCAUUCUGGAACUACGCUUGCAUUACUUUCUCUUCCCGCUCCAAUGGACAGACAGCUCAAGAUUCCUCUCUGAUGCAUUAUUAUCGUACCUACAAAGCAGCUUAAUAAGUCUAUUCUUCCAGUGGUUCAUAUCAUCUUAUUGCAAUAGUAAUAAUUAAAAAUAAUUUAAACAUUUUAAAUUAAUUUAAGUGCAAUAUUAAAAAUACGUAACGGCAUGAAAUGUAAAUAAAUUUUAAUAAUACACAGAAAGAUUUGUUGCCUAUAUAUCUACGCUACUUAAGUAAAAGCUCUGGAGAAAAUCCACUUUCUCCUAGUAUUGAUAUUUUAGAUAAUUGAUGAUUGAUGAUUGUUAACACAACAAUCUUUCGUUAUGUGAUAACAUAAGCUAGUACUGUAGAAAAAUGGCUAAUGAACUAUUAUUGUGUAAGAUUAGUUUUUAUACUACUUUUCGCUUAUUUAUAACUGAAUAACUUGAGAUUAGAUAAUAUUAUUUUUGUAAUAAAUUUUUUUCGCAAUACA